CUCUCUUCUAGCUAUAGUUACCUCUAUACAUUCUCUUCUCAUUUAUGGCUAAGCCAUCGGCCACUAACGAGGAGAGGUCCCAUCAAGAGCAGCCGCGCUCAAAUCCUAUGUGUAGGCCCUCAGUCUUGCCUGACCUUAACUCGCUCUUUUUGCCAUCCCAACAUCCCACCAAUAGGCCUGAUGAGGAUGCUUUGAUCCCUAACGAUCUUCCAGAUUCAAUUACAAUCAGUGAUGAAGAAGUUGAUGAAGGUUAUGGAGAUGAUGAAUAUUAUGAAGAUGAAGAUGAGGAGAUUCGACGUGUAAUCCUUCAAAUUCGUAAAGAGCUGGAAGCCUUGCAGCAGAAGCUGGGGUCAGUUCUUCAACCCUCGUCCUAG